UUCUUUAUGACUGCAUGUGCUAACUUCCUUUUUCUUUUAAAUUUCUCUUUUGCGUUCCAGUGUUGAGUUUUUCCACAGCGUCUUCUUUAACAUCCAGGAUGCUACCCUCAUGGGUUACGCUAAAGAAAAGCCUCAAGGAUGUCGGUUUCCUUGCAGUUGAUGUUUUCACCACAGGUAAAAGGGGGGGCUUCAGAAGAACUCUUGUCCUCCUCCUCACCUGUAGCGUCUCCAGCCUCCUGCUCAGCUCACUGCUCCUCCUCUACCUCCUCUUCGCCCUGGACUAUGAGCUAGCAGUGGCAGGAGGAAUUGCUGGCUGCUUUGGGAUGCUACUUAUUGUCACCCUCUUUCUCUCUAAGAGAGUGCGGUGUUUAAGCACUCUGUUCGUGAUAUCUAUUUUCAUGAAGAAGAGUCGGAACCUGCUCCUGACCGCUGGGACCAGUUUAGUGGUCCUUAAAAAUAUCCGCAACACUCUGGAGAACAUCACAUGCCUGGUCAGGAGUAUGAUUUGCAACCUGAAGGCAAAGAAAGCAUCCAUCCUUGCUCCAUUCUGUAGUUAUGUCAAGAUGCUGAAGUGGAUCGGAAACAUCCUCAAAGGAGUCACAGACCUGGGAGUAGUAAACCUUGACUCCCAGCUCAAGGUUUCACCGAGACUGGAGUCGGAAAAAUUCAGGUGGAAACUCGCUGAAGCCGAGCAGAGGCUGAAUGAGACCGUCAGACAUGCACAAGCCCUGAUGAAUACAGUCUCCUCUGUAACCGACAGGCUGUUUCCUGCCAUCAGCUUCCUUGUGCUCAUGCUGUUUAUAGCCUUGAACAUCAAAAAAUACUGCAAUGACAUGAAGUAUAAAAACAGGUUCAUCAGCAGCAAGUUUGUUGAGUUUGACGAGGAGCAGAGGGCGAAAGGGAAGCCACACGUUCUGCCACUCACACCGGAGGAAGAGAAGCUGUAUACUUCCCUCCCCUCCACACGUCCCACCGCCAGAGAGGGGAAGGCUAUGCUGAAAUUUGGAGUUCCAGUCGUCUCCCAUUUUGUCGCUUGGGUCAUGUUUAUAACCGUGGACGCCUUAUUGUAUUGUUUCAUUGACAUCGUAACAACCAGGCUGUCGGAGCUGGAGCCAUUUCAUGUUCCCUUGUUAAUGAGCAUCAAAAGAAUUGCAACUUUAAUUGGCAUACCGUUUGCUGAGGAGAGUUAUCAACAGGACUUUUCCUACUCUGUGACUCUGUUCGAGAAGAAGUGCCUCCCCAAGCCAAAGCUGCUGCUGUAUAACUCUGUGUUUCCACUAAUGGGCAUCCUGCUCACGCUGCUCAUUAUGGCUCUGAUGGCCGCCAAAGUCUCCCAGCUACGGCUGAUGGUCUGCGAGCGAUUCUUCACCGUCGCUGCUGAGGCAAGAGUGGAGUACCUGCAUGGAAAAAUCCUGAGAAAGAGAUUAAAACUGAAGACGGGGGAAAAUGACCGCAGCUUCACAUCGCUUCUUGUAAAGCCACAUUUCUGGUGCCCACUGCUCUUCCAACCCAAAGAUAGUCCACACACUGUGAAUGUGUGA